AGAAACGGGUUGCCGAAUACCGGCCACAGUUGUCUAUCUCCCAGACGCUGCACUGGGGAGUGGAUAUUUCAAGUUGUCCGCAGUUGUCUUGUCGCUCACCAAGCUCUCUUUCAUACCAUGACAUGACCCAAGACCAUUGACCCAUAUCGUGGAAUUGAGCUCGACGACCCGGUCUUUCUUCUUGAUUUGCUUCGCGUGGCCUUGCUUAUGCAUGUACUGGGUGCAGUGUUUGGAGGCCUCUUUGUAUUGUUCCGCUGCGUGCUAGCACAGUCUGCUUCUUCUUUUGACUUCAAGGUAGAUGCCGCGAAGGAAACCAGUGAUACAACCCAGUCCGAUAAUGCGGAGAGUACCACUAGUGUCAACCGUGUUAAUGGUACCGUCGAACGUGAAGCCGCACCAGACAGCACCACCACCGCGCAUUCUAUCAACAUCCUCCAUCCUCCAAACCGUACUCACUCGCAUACCCUCACGCAUAUACAUACGGGUUCCCGGACAUUGCCAAUAACGCAUCGACUGCCUCCUCCACCUACGCAGUCAGGUAACCCGUUGGCAGUUCCGAGCUCGACGCCACCCGAUCAGCCGCCUUCACAUCAUCAGUCACCUGUUGCCAUCGUGUUUGAAUGCCUGGCUGGCCUCGUCGGGUUAAUCUUCAUCGUGUGGUUUACACGAUGUCUCUACCAGUACAAGCGGACACCUCGUCAGGACCGCAUUGCGGCAUUACUUAGCCGACAUGAAUUGGAGAGGGAAAUGGAGGAGUUAGAGCGCGAACAGUUGCAACGACGACGUCGACGGACAUCCUUACUGCGGCCUCCCCCACCUCCCUACCAACCUGCACCUGCGUACGAGUCUGUCGUUACAACUGCGGAUGUUUGACGGAGCGGAUCUUUUCCAUACGGCGGAUUGAUCUAGCGUGGAAAAUUCAUGGACAUAGUUCUUGGUUUGCAUUCUCAUACCUUCAUAUUGACAUUCUAGUACGAUACCACACUCACUUACAUUGGACUCGUUGUAAUCCUAGAUCGCUGUACGUUCUGCUAUCAUCACUCGUUCGCCAUCUUUUUCAAGACUUCACACCGGAGGCUGCACCCUGAAAUGCGUCCGUCAGUCAACCUUCUGCCAAGCAAGAACAAAGCUGUCACUUCGUCAACUAAAUUCCAGUCUGUGAUCAUGUGCUGCCUAUCCUUCCGUUCUUCCAGGACCUUCCCUCCCAUUCCUCGACUUUGUAUGCUCUCUUGACUGCCUUGAACGUCUUCCAAGGCCCCCAAGGCCCCCAACGGU